AGGGCACGGCCAAAGCAGGUCGCCUGAGGCCAUGUUAAUACGGGGCAGUCUCAUCUCUCUGCGAGGCGCAACAGCAAGGUGCUGGAAAAGAGGAACGGACAAAAGAAAAGCCCCUGUGGCCGCCAUUUUGACUUCGGGCGGCCCGGAUAAGGGAGGCGGAGUGUGCGGAGUGGAGGAGGGGCAACUACGCGGACGUGACGCACGGCGCCGCCAUGUCUUUUGAGGGCGGCGACGGCGCCGGGCCGGCCAUGCUGGCUACGGGCACGGCGCGGAUGGCGUCGGGGCGCCCCGAGGAGCUGUGGGAGGCCGUGGUGGGGGCCGCCGAGCGCUUCCGGGCCCGGACCGGCACGGAGCUGGUGCUGCUGACCGCCGCGCCGCCGCCCCGCCCGGGCCCCUGCGCCUAUGCGGCCCACGGCCGGGGCGCCCUGGCGGAGGCCGCCCGCCGCUGCCUCCACGACAUCGCCGCGGCUCACAGGGCUGCUGCCGCCGCCCGGCCCCCUGCGCCCCCACCAGCACCACAGCCGCCCAGCCCCGCGCCCAGCCCACCCCAGCCUGCCCUGGCCAGGGAGGACGACGAGGAGGACGAGGACGAGCCAACAGAGACCGAGACCUCUGGCGAGCGGCUGGGCGUCAGCGAUAACGGAGGGCUCUUUGUGAUGGACGAGGAUGCCACCCUCCAGGACCUGCCCCCCUUCUGUGAGUCAGACCCUGAAAGCACAGAUGACGGCAGCCUGAGUGAGGAGACCCCUGCUGGCCCCCCAAGCUACUCAGUGCCCCCCGCCUCAGCCCUGCCCACACAGCAGUACGCCAAGUCCCUGCCCGUGUCUGUGCCCGUCUGGGCAUUCAAGGAGAAGAGAACAGAGGCGCGCUCAUCAGAUGAGGAGAACGGGCAGCCUUCCUCGCCCGACCUGGACCGCAUCGCGGCGAGCAUGCGCGCGCUGGUGCUGCGGGAGGCCGAGGACACCCAGGUCUUCGGUGACCUGCCUCGGCCACGACUCAACACCAGCGACUUCCAGAAGCUGAAGCGGAAAUACUGAGGCCAGGCAGGGAGCUUCCCGGCCCUGCGUCCGCCCCGCCCACACUACACCCCCGCCCCGCCCCCGGGGCCAGCCAAUCCCGUUCAGAUCCGGACCGGCCUCCCCGGGAUUGACCAGUCCCUGCCAGUCCCCGCCGUCCUUCGGGCCCACGAGCUCCGGCGCCAAGGAGCGGGAUCUGCCCAGUCUCCCGAUUGGGUCUGUUGCCCCUUUCUCUGCCCAGCGACAGAUUCUAUUGAGGGAUUGGCUCGCUUCCCUCGUCGGACUGUCUAAGCCGUAAAUGGGUCAAAUCCGUCGUUUUCUGCCUAGCAACAAGGGCUUUGCUCGCAUGGCAUUGGCUCCAUCCCUGAUAGAGCACAGCCAAGGCCCAGGAUUGGGUAGUGGCACUCCACUCCACCUAGUGACUGGGCAGCUCCUUCACUUCAUUGGCUCGAAUCCUGUAAAGGGCUUGACCAAUUUCCCAAGAGUCACCGUCCGCCCUUCCCUAGUUCUCCCACCUGAUUGGCUCCAGCCUCCUGGGGGCGUGGCCAAGCCCUCCUCUACCCAGAAUUGGCCUGCGGCCUUCAAUUUAGGUUCUUUACACUACUAGGGCUGGGGUCCUUUUUUGCCCAAGUCCUUACAACUUGUACCCCUGGCCUCCUUAGGGAUGGCCCAAUCCUGUCCCUGCGUCUGACACCUCAUUGAUUCCAUCCCCACAACAGCCUGCCAAUCGAAGCCCGUCCCUGCAUCCAGGACGGUACCAGCUCCCGCCCCUCUCCCCCCAACCCCACAGGUGCCUUAAAAGGCCCUCGUCCACCCGAGGUGGGGGGCUGGGGGCCUCACUCUCCGGCCCUGGCGUGGGGGAGAGAGUGGGGGAUGGGGUAUCGGCAGUUGGGAGGGACGCUCUGUAAUUAAAGAGUUUUACCUCUGA